AGUAGGGGAGCGAAUAGGAGCACACCCAUAUCAGCAAUUAUCAGCGACAGUAACUAUCUCCAGAUACGCGCAGGAAGAGGAACAGUCGUCAGUCGUCCCGGACCCAAAAAAACAUAACUUUGGUUUCAUUUAUCUCCGAUCAGUGCGCGCAACUUUUACGCAUUAAAAGAAGAGAUUUCUUUUUCUGUGUGGAGACGCUCCGCUCUGCUCCCGCGUCCGUCUCUCGUAUCUGUGUGGAGCGACAAAGUUUGUACACUCACCUACUGAGUUUUUUGGACGUCUGAAAAGGGACCGGACUGCUUUAUCACCCGGCCGUCCUUAUCUGGACAGAAAUCUCCACACGAAUUGUAUUAAGUCAACUGUUCAAAAAGGCGCAGACAAAUUCUUCUGACGAGGGUGGAAGAGCCUCUACGUGUGGACAGAAUCACCUCCACAGGACUGGGACCAGCCCUGACAAAUCCUCCCUUUAUUUCCCAACACUCCAAACAGUUGUGAAAAUGUAUCAAAGCCUGGCCUUGUCCUCCAACCAAUCCCCUUACGCGCACGACACCGGGAAUUACAUCCACCCGUCGGCCAGCUCUCCGGUCUACGUCCCGACCCCCAGAGUCCCGGGCAUGCUGCCCACCCUGCCCUACCUGCAGACCUGCGACUCGACCCACCAGUCCCACGGCCUCGGCGGGCACCACGGCUGGCCCCAGGCCGCCACGGAUGGCUCCUCCUUCACGCCCAGCAGCCCUCACCCUCCGCAUGGCUUCUCGUACUCGCACAGCCCGCCCGUGAGCAGCAACACCGGCCGGGAUGCGAGCUACCAGAGCCCGCUGGUUCUCGGGAACGGCGGCCGGGCGGAUCAGUACGGAGGCGCGCUGGUGCGCUCGGUCGGAGGCUCCUACUCCAGCCCCUACGCCUACAUGAGCCCGGAGAUGGCGACGUCGUCCUGGACGCCGGGACCCUUCGAGGGCGGAGUGAUUAGUCUACAGGGACGCCAUGGACUGUCUGGGAGAAAGUCCAGUCUGGACCUGAUCGACGACAUGGCCAAUGAGGGCAGGGAGUGCGUGAACUGCGGCUCCGUGUCCACGCCGCUGUGGCGCAGGGACGGCACCGGACACUACCUGUGCAACGCCUGCGGCCUCUACCACAAAAUGAACGGCAUCAACAGGCCGCUCAUCAAACCACAGAAACGACUGCAGCAGACCACAUCUCGCCGGGCCGGCCUUUGCUGCACUAACUGCCACACCAGCACCACCACACUGUGGAGACGCAACGCUGAGGGAGAACCAGUGUGUAAUGCCUGUGGCCUCUACAUGAAGCUGCAUGGGGUGGCCAGACCUCUGGCUAUGAAGAAAGAGAGCAUUCAGACCAGGAAGCGCAAACCCAAGAUGCCCAAGAAUAAAACAUCCACAGGAUCCACCGCCUCUGACACCAGCUCCCCAACAUCGCUGUCAGUCUCAGAACACGCCUCAACCAUUAAGAGCGAACCCAGCAUGGCCCCUUCCCCCUACGCUGGACAGACGGUCACGUCUGCCACUCAGACGGCUUCUCAUUUAGACAGCACAGGAUCAGGACACGUGGACAUUAAAUACGAGGAUUAUCCCUUUACACCAACCUCCAUGGCCCCACAGAACUCCUGGUGCGCUCUGUCUCAAGCAUGAGAAAAAACCUCGACCAACAAGACUGCCAUACUGACACGAUACAGCUCACCUUGGCCAUAUCUCCAUCCUGCAACCAUUCCUCUUGACUCUGAUGCUGAGGAGAAUAGAGAGCUGUGUUGUAUAAACAUUAAAUUUGGGGUUUAUGCGGUGUCUGAUGGAUGCGUGUGUUCAGCGCUCUUCACCUGAGCACCUUGACCUAAUCCGCUUGCCACACUGUAACACACUGGCUCUGUACCAGCCCACCUGGAACAUACUUUAGCUUCACAGUAGUCUAUAUCGACGAAGUUUCAUUUCAGGUGUUUCCACCGGAUGUCCCUCAUUUUCGGCUGGUUGUCCAUU